CGCACAGCCGACACUACACACAGAUACACAAGGACUCACAGCCGGAACUGGCCACAGACCCCGGAGACUUUUCGUUCAUUACAAAUUUAAUACUUAAAUUAAUCUUCGUAGUCUGUCCUGCUUCCUGCUGAGCAUUAGAAAAAAAGGGGAAGUCCUAAAAACUACAGAGAGCUGUGCCAGCGAGAAUCAAAAUGAGCAUUCGAGGACAGGAACAAGUGGAGAAAAAAUACGACCCUUUAGAUACCACCCUGAAGUUUGUCGACAGGCCAGAUGACCUGGAUCCACUGUGUGAUGAGUCUCUCAGAGCAGAGAUGUCCUGCGGCCACGCUGUCACUCCUGAGUCUCUAACACAUUGGUGUCACACCCAGCUGGAAGAGGGGAAUUACAAAUUCAGAUGUCCAGCUUUAGUAGAUGGCACCAAACAGUGUAAUAAAGUGUGGUCGUACCAGGAAGUGCGUAGACUGGCUGAUCUGACUGUGGAGGAAAUGCAGCACUUUGAAGAGAGCAUGGCCCGCCUGGCUGUUACAGAAUACUGCGAGGUUCAGCCAUGCCCACAGUGCAAAACAAGCGUGGAGAGGAAGGAUCUCUCUAACCUGUGUGUCCAGUGUGUCGUAUGCACAGCUGAUCAGAAGAAGACCUACCAGUUCUGCUGGCAGUAUCUGAAGCAGUGGAAGGGUCCGGGCCCUCGAUCUGACCGCUGCAACAAUGAUGGCUGUGAGAACAAGGACCUCCAACUUCUGCAAACAUGUGGAACCAUCAGCCUGCCUGCAGUGAAGGGCGUCACCAGCUGCCCCUCCGUCAGAGUCUGUCCUACAUGUGGCCUGAGGGUGGAACAUAAUAGAGAAUACUGCAAAAAUAUCUACUGUCCUCGCUGCAGAGUGCAGUUCUGUUUUGUUUGCCUGAAGCUAAAAAGUGAAUGUUCACAAACCAGCUCACCAUACGAAAUCUGCCCCAGUGGGGUCGCUCCGAGGCAGACCUCCAUCCCUGUAUGGAGGAAAACAUGAAAACAAGAGAAAUGAACAAUUCGACAAGAGUUUUGACAACUGUGUGUGCGUGUGUGUGUGUAUGUAUAUAUAUUUAUAUAUAUUUGUAUACAUAAAUCAAUAAUAUAUAUAUAAGUUACUGAAAUAUAUCCAUGAAUAUGAAAUAUGAUUUACAUUUCAGAAUUGCUUUACAAACUUUAAGUUUAUUACAAAUGAAAUCUCACCAUUAUGUGUCAGCUUUUUUUAUGUGUCAAAUUAUUUGAAGCUGUCUGAGUAAAACGUUCUGUGAUGGUUCAUGUAAUUUCUCACUGCCAGUAGCAGUUUUGUUGUAGAAGAGCACAUGUUUAGCAAUUAGUGAGCAUGAAGUCUUGGUAGGAACUGUUGGAAGCCAUUCUAAAGUGUUGGUCCAAGAAGCUGAGAGUGUGUAAAGGAGGAAAAGUAA